AUGCAUUCGCCCACCAAGGCUGACAAGCUCAUUUCACCGAUCCAAGACGAUGACAGCCUUGAGACCGGACACGACGGCAUGCCCCAGGAAAUCUGGGAGGACAUGAUCAAGAACGAGCGCAAGAUCUUCUACAUGUUCAUGUUCCUCAACGCGUCCGUGCUGUGGGCGUACUACUCGUGUCUGAGUGCUCAAGACUUCUACACCGUGCAAUUCGCCGACUCCGGACUCGACUUCUCGUUCCUCACGACGCUGUGCACGGCCUGGCCCAUGGUCAUCGGUCAGGCCCUGCAGAUGUUCUUCGGCUUCGACAAGUCCAUCACGCGCGACUUCCGCGUGCGCGUGGGCUACGGCAUCUUCAUGCUCAUGGCGAUUCUCAUCAUGGUUUUCAGCGCCAUCGACUUUUCCAACGAGAAGACGGGAGCCAUCCUCGUGCUGGUGUGCUUCUGCUGCAUCGGCUUCGGCAAUUCACUCACGGAGGCCACGUACUACACGUUCGCUGCGCUGUUCCCGAUCCCCAAGUUCUCGCAGGCCGUGCAGAUCGGCAACGGUACCGCUGGCAUCAUCAACGUCUCGCUGCUCACCAUCCUGCGUCUGGCCGUGGGUGGCGUCAAGCAGACGGGUGACUCGACCAAGCUCUCGUUCUACCUCUUCUUCGGCCUCCUCAUUGUCGUGCUCAUCGUCGCGCUCUUCGUGUACCGCCAUCUCAACAACUUGCCGUGCGUCAAGUUCCUGGUCGAGCGCAAUGAAGAGUCGAUGCGGGCCGAGAGCCUGGCCACGCUGCCCUUCGGCAAGACGUGCAGUAACCUGUGGCGCAUCUUCCUCAUCAUCUGGGUGCCUGCGUUGGCGCAGUUCCUCGUCUUCUUCGUGUCGCUGUCGGUCUAUCCGGGCUUCGGCUGUGCCGCUGCGCGUAACCUCAAGCCACCGUACUCGGACGUCACGCACUCGGUGACGUCCAACUGGUACUGCUCGCCCGGCAUUGUCGGCUCGUACAACUACGGCGACUUCUUCGGUCGCGUGAUGACGAGCGCUGCGGUGUACAAGCUGCUGACCAGUGAGUGGUGCCUCGGUCUCUCCAUCAUCCGUCUGGGGUUCAUCCCGCUGCUGCUCAUGGGCGUUGCCGGCACGUCGCUCUACUCCUUCGGCUUCGACGACAUGGGAGCCAUCGCCUACAACAUCGUGCUCAACCUCAUCAUUGGCGUCACGAACGGAUUCCUGUCGACGGUGACUAUGGGCGUUGCCCCGCGCAUGCUGAAGCCGGAGGACCGCGAGUCGGGCGGCGCUGUCAUGGUGUUUUGCCUGUUCUUCGGCUUGUCGGCAGGUUCUACCAUCGGUUUCUUCUUCAGCGACCAGGGAUGGCUCGGUCUGUAA